AUGUCUUAUAAAUAUACUCCCCACAAUUCUCGACAUCCAGCAUCAUCUCGUUACCCUGCGGUAUCAGGCCGCGAUAGUGGUCUUCCCGCUGGGGGCCGUUUGUCUUAUCCCGGUAACGACAGGAAAACCCUAAGGCCCUCUCGGGAUACCAUCGGCGACACAAGGGAUCUAUACUGCGAUGGUGGCUCCGAAAUGUCUUUCGAUGAACCGAACGAAGAGCUCAAGUCCACAUAUGUCCCCUCGAGGACAAAACUCGCCGCUGCGGCAGACGUUAUGACUUUCUUGUUUACUUCUAUGCAACUCGAAGACGGCUACAGGAUUGAGCCAUGCGCUUUAUCCACUCUUCGAAUCAAUGCUCAAUCAUCACCAGAAUCCAUUUCAGAAAAGGAGCGGGAUUUUGCAAGUAAAAAACUCAGUUACUACUUCGACCAAGCGGUGCUAUUUGUGGAAGCAGAGGACUGGGUUAAUUCGGAAACAUGUGGUGUUCGUGCUAUCAAUAUUAUAUUCUCCGAGCCAGGAAACACGAUCCCAGAAAUCUGGUCACAGAGAUACGCGGCAGUAAUUCUUUUACUUGUAUCGAAGUCGGUAGCAAAGGAUUGGGAAUUAGUAUCAGAGUUGGAGCUUCUCUUCGAGCCCGACCUCUCUGACCAACAAUCCCUGCGUUGGUAUGGUAUUUGCACUUCACUACUUUCCUGUGAACUUUUCGAUAACAAUCAACUCGACGAAGCCGAGUCUCGGUGUCAGAGGCUUCUUACAAUUUCCGCACGGCCUUGGCCAGAACCCACAAGCCUACAAGAAUUACAAAGCGAAGAGGCAUAUCCGGCAGUGACCCGGCAAGAACUUGACAGUGUCGCCUACGAGCUUUUAGCACUGAUAAUGGCCGAGAAAGGCGAUAUGUUAGAAGCAGGGUUUUAUAAAUCGUUAGCCACGCCUGCUUCAUCUGGCGCUAAAGAUCAAAAAGCAUUGAACGAGAGCCUUCCUACACCCUCGCAUCGUUAUAAAGAGCUCUGGGAGUCGAUCAAGUAG